GCCAAUGUUACCGUUUCUGUCCCCUAUCUGUUGGUCCCUUUAAUUAGGAAUAGUGAAAUUUAAUUUGAUUUGAUUGUUGGUCUUGUUGUCUUUGAGAGAGUCGAAAUGAAUCACUUAUUUGAACAGAAACGUCAACGUGUUCCUUAUGGGGAUGUUUGGAAUAAGCCUUUUAUUUAUCUUGGACUAAAUUAUUGCAAUGCCCAUUUGAAUAAAUCUUUUUCGAAAAACCUAAUUUUAGCAUUGCACAUUCAGUCUGAUAAACUUCAAAAUAACCUUUAUGUCGGAGACCCUUUCUUUGACAUUUACCAAGGAACAUCUGAAGUACUAAUGAAAUCAAAUGGUGAUGUGAGAUCUAUUGUUAAUGUAGGUCAAAGAAAAGCAGUAGAAAAACUUAAUGAAUAUGUCAACAACUUAGAGGAGGGUAAAAAACAUGUACAAUGUCUUGGUGAAUUGGAUCAUCAAGAAAAAGAAACCAUUCAGGCAGUUUUGGCAUGUCAUCUUUUUGCUCCUCUGUUAUCUGAGGGCAAAGUAUUUGUCGAUGAUAAAAACUGGAACUUAAAGGACACUUCCAAUGAAACUACUACUUGUAAUGAUGAUGCUUCCAGAUCAGGGUCAGAAAGCAGUGUAUUAGAAGUUUAUUGUCCAAUCUGUAAAAAGAAUAGCAUAAAAGCAGACAACACUAAUUUUGGAUGUGCAGAUUUGUGGCAUGGAAGGGCAGAUAUUGUCAUUGAAGGGGAUAAUGGUUCUAUGCGGGAAAUAGUUAAAAUUAUUACUGAAGAUGUUGAAGAAGAUGAAGAUGAACCCGUAUCAAAAAGAUCAAAAUUGAUGAAUGAAGAUAAUCUUGAAGACAUAAAACCUGAAAUGGAGAUUUCAGUAACCUCUGAUCUUCUUGAGACUAAUAUUUAUGUACAAGCAAUAAGUCAGACAAUUUUAAAUUCAUUUUUGGCAGUGAAACUGAACAAAGACUUAAGAAAUUGUUAUGUUCCAUCUUUUUUUGUAUCUUCCAUGCAUCUGUAUGUAAAUUUUUAUAAUGUUGAAAAGGAUAUAUUACUUGUCCAGGAUCAACCAAUUAGUAUUUUUGAUAUAAAUGGUCAGAUGAACUAUUGGGCAAUUCUAUCUGUGUGGAUGGCUCUAAAUUUUGAAAAAUUUCCAUGCAAGUUUCAUGGAGAUAAUUCUAAAAAGUCGGGUUUCCAAAGUUGGCUUCAAAAACAUGGUGUUCUUCAAAAAUAUAAAAGUGAUAUUACAAGUAAGUUAACUUCUACAAAGAAGCCAGAACAUAAAAUAAGUAACAGCAUAGUGAAUCCUAUGAGAGUUGCUGAACUUUUUAUGAAAUUAAUCCAGGAUGAAAAUGGUGCAGACAAUGAAUGAACAUAAGAGUUAAUUUUAUUUUCAGGUAUUUUGUUUUCAAAUGACAGCAGCUGGCCUCAGACCAGAGUUAUUUUUACAAGGCUGUAAAAUUAUUAUUGUUUCAAAGAAUCGACAUGGGAAAGAUAUAUCUUUGUGAAGAACAUCAUUGUUGUAAUAAAAUAUAAAUCUCAAAG